AUGUGGAAACCAGUUAAUGCUGGAGUUCCACAAGGGACAAUGCUCGGCCCUUUGUUAUUUAUCGUUAUGAUAAAUGACCUCAUGAUCUCAGAUGAUCAGUUUAUGGGUGAUAUGAUUAAAUGUGCUGAUGAUACCAAUAUUUGGGAAUACCUUUCUUACCAAGAUAGUACUGAUUCCAUUCAGGAAGUGGCAAACUCUGUUGUGGAUUGGUCCGUUUGUAAUAAAUUUAAACUUAAUCCAAAAAAUGUAAGGAAAUGGUAAUUAACUUUCAACAGAACCGGCUAGAAAAGGCAAUAAGUCUGGGGAUGUCGAUAACUCAAGAUCUAAAAUGGAAUGAACAUGCUAGCAAAAUAACUAAGAAAGCUGCAAAACGUCUUUAUCUACUGAAACAACUGAAGAGGUCUGGUCUUGAUAGCAAAGAUUUAAUUAAAAUGCUUCUUUAUUGCAUUCAUCAGAACGAUCCUCGACUAUGCUUGCCAGGUUUUCCAUUAUGGCUUACCUAAGUAUUUAGCGGACGUAAUUGAAAGAAUUCAAAAAAGGGCAUUGCGUAUAAUUAUCCCGGAUCUAUCAUAUGAAGAUGCCUUAACUACUCUAGAUAUGUAGAGUCUAUUGUUGAGAAGAGAAGAUCUGUGUAGUAAACUUUGUAAAUUAAUUGUUGACGAUGAGAAUCAUAAACUCCACCAUUUAUUGCCUAUGAACUUUCCAGAUAUUUAUAAUUUUAGAAGUUCAAAACAAUUUUAUAUUCCUAAGUUCCGUACAAACAGAUUUAGGAACACUUUUAUAAUGUCAAGUUUCUUAAUAAAUGAAUAAUAUAUUAUGUAGAUGUCUUCUUACCAUUUUAUUGUAUGUAUAUGUAUAUGUAUAUGUAUAGUAAUUUAUAAAUUAUAAAUUUUAAAUUUUGUAUAAAAUUUUGUAAAGCUUCAUGCAAUUCAGCCAAAAGUCUGCCAUAUGAUUCUAAUAAACGGUUUAUCUAUCUAUCCAUCUAUCUAUCUCGCGUUUGUCAGGCGUCUGACUUUGUCAAGCUCUGCUCAUGCAGUAUAUGCCGAACUAAACGUGCAAUUCGCCAGACCCUUUCCCUUCCUUUCCUUUCCUUUCUACAGCCCUGCAUGCCGUUGUAGAGAAGGGUAAUAGGAAGGAACCAAAGAUUCGUAUUUUGCAUAUAAUCCCGCUCCUAUUGAUUUAGUAACUUCCCCUUCUAUACACACUACCAUAAUAUAAUUAUUGUAUCCCUAAUUCUUAAACGCAACACUUUCACUCCUAUAUCUUAACUCUAAUCCUCGUGAUAUAAUUUCGGAACAGCGCGUACCGUGAUGUGGAAAGGAAUCUCAAAAUUUUAACGAGUUCAAUGUGUAUUUUAGAAGACAAGAUCCAACUGGAUGGCUGAAUUAUAAUGCACCUGGAAAACGGACUUUUGAUGAAAUACAAUUCAAACGGUAAAGUAGAAAAUUUUGAUCUUCAGUUAAGGUUGCAAGACAACGUUUGUGGCUUUCUGGAUAAAUGCGAAUAUCAGAAUAUCAGAAAGGUCUUAAGUUGACAAACAAUAAAAAGAUUUAUAAAAUCGUGAUAGCUUCACGGCUCUGACUUAUACUACGGCCGGUUUUAGAUAAGAUAUAUUUUUCAAGAUGUCAUUCUUUUCCAGCAAUUUAGCUGUUUAGUUUCAAUCAUGCAGAAUGGCCUGACGUGUAAGUUGCUCAAGGCAUCUCGCGUCGGUCAGGCUUCUGCCUGACUUUGUCAAGCACUGCGCGCGCGCGGUAUGUGUCGAAUUAAUAUACGUGCAAUUCGUCAAACCCUUUCUUUGUACAGCCUUACCGUAGUAGAGAAGGGUAAUACGAACGAACAAAAGAUUUGUACUUUGCAUAUAAUCCCGCUCCUAUUGAUUUAAUAACUUCACCUUCUACACACCAUUAUAAUAUAAUUAUUGUGUCCCUAAUUGACUAAUUCUUAAACGCUACACUUUCAUUCCUAUCUUAACUCUAAUGCUUGUGAUAUAAUUUCAGAAACGCGCGUACUGCAAUGUGAAAAGGAAUCUCGAAAUUUUAACGAGUUCAAUGUGUAUUUCAGAAGACAAGAUCCAACUGGAUGGCUGAAUUAUAAUGCACCUGGAAAACGGACUUUUGAUGAAACACAAUUUAAACGGUAAAGUAGAAAAUUGUGAUCUUCAGUUAAGGUUGCAAGACAGCGUUUGUGGCUUUCUGGAAAGAAUCGCUACCGCGCGCUUUAUAUAAAUGCGAUUUCUAUCAAAACUUCAUCAAAUCUUCAUUGGUGCAUGCAGAAUAUCAAAAGGUCUUAAGUUGACAAACAAUAAAAUGAUUUAUGAAUUAUACAGGAAUUUUAAAAAUCGUGAUGGCUUCACGCCUCUGACUUAUACUCCUGCCGGUUUUAAAUAAGAUAUAUGUUUCAAAAUGUCAUUCUUAUCCAGCUAAUUAGCUGUUUAGGGACCGUUCAUUAUUUAUACCCGGGGUUGGUACCGAAGGGAAGCGAAAAACAGUCUAUAAUUUUUAUUUACCCAACCUCAACAUUUGUCAAAAUAAUGUUUACCCAACCCAUGUGUUACUGUACUUCAUAAUAAUUAAACACACAAGAUUAUGGUGACAGAAAUCAAGUUGACUAGAUUCUAAAAGCUCACUCUCACUCAAAAUCACUGAGUCUGCCAAAUAAUAUAAGAAUUCUAUAAGAAUGGGCGGUGAAACGCAUGCAGUGAAGCAGCUGAAACAUGUGUGAUGCACUUUAGGCCUGGGGCCUAGCGUGCACAACAAGGAGUUCUAGAAGAAAACAAAAAAUUUAAAAUUUUCAACAGGCUUCAUUAAAACGAUUGUAACUUGGCAGUUUUUGACGCGAUGUCCGAGAUACCUUUUUCUUGUGCUACUCAGAUCGUUAGCAACCGCUGUAGUGGCGAAAAAAUGUUUCUGUAACGUUGAUCACCUAAAUAUUUCAACUUCAAAACUAUAAACUUGCGUGUCAACUUCGUCGGUUCUUACGUAGACGGCAAAUAUUUGGAUUUUUUUCAGCGAGGAAAUGGCCAAAUGGUAUUAAACUUUAGAGUUGUGAUGUACAUUAUGUUAAAAUUUAUUAUGCAAGAUUUCAUCGUGUAGUUUUUUUACCCUUUUUUGCAAUCGUUUAUAGAAUUUAACCUGUUCAAUUUUUUUUACAACACAACUGCUUUCGCAACUACGAGGUCUAAAAAUACCUAUGUAAAAACCUUGAAAUCAUAUUUUUUGUUCACUUUAUGUGCCUAUCUGAAAGACAAGAUAUAUGUUUUCCUUGAUGUGUAUAUAUUUAGACAUUGUGUGAGUAACAAUACAAGAAAAUGUUAUCUUACUUGGCAGCAACACUUGACCGCGUCGCUAUGGCGGCUUCGAAAUUUUCAACAUGAAAUUUUUCCAUAAAAAAUUGAGAUGCUUGCUGUGGCCCAAGUAUCUGGAAAAAUCGCACAAUAACUGCCCUAACUAUAAUAGGAUCUAUUUGACCUGAGUACGCUAACACAACUUUUUGACCCUUUUUCACAAUUUUCGCUCGAAGUCUACAACCCAAAAACUAAAAUGGUCUUUACAGCAUUUAAAAGUGCUCAGGGGAAUGGGACGAGUAAACUCAAAAAACGAAGGGCGGGAAAAAUAAACUUAUGAAUAUACAAAACAAUAUGCAAAACUGAUCUGAAUACACAAAUGUACAACGAAAAACACGAAUACGAAACCAAACAAACUAUAAAGUAAACAAACCAAACCAAACCACAAACCAAACCUUAGAAUUUAAUUACUAACACUACAUUGCUACGCUAUCAUUAAACUACAUUGCUGCAUAAAAUCGACAGCCAAACCAUUACUUUGCGCGAUAUGAGCAUAAAAUGUUCACCAAACAUGCAUUAUAUUAUUUCGAAGAUUUUAAAACCGCGACUUUGCGCUAAAAUUAUGUUACCAUGGUAACAGAGUAUCUUCAAAGAUGUACAUUUCCCCCCUUUUCCUUGCCAUUUUGAAGAUUUGCUUCGGUAAAUUUUUUUGAAAAUUUGCAUAUCAAAUAGUAGCGAUUCAAUUAUUCUCUUGCUAUAUUUUAGAAAAAUUAAAUCGAUAGGUUUACGAGCAAUGAACGGAAAAGUAAAAAAAAUACAUUAAAAAAUAUUCCUUCGAUUUAAUUUCGUGAAAAUUUGUAUUUAGGUUAACGGAAGUAUCAUCUUAACCAGUAUGAAAUUUAAAAAAAAUUCACCCAAGGAACAACAAGAAAUUCAAUGUUGUGUUUUUGAGUUUUCGCUGAUAUUUUUUUUUUAAUUUAUGGCUUCGCGCGAGAGGUCACGCGUGUUUUGGAGGGAAGGAAAACACGCGUGUCCACUUGCAAACAUCGUUUGGAAAUUGGAAUAUGGCAAUAUUUAGUUGAGAGGUUUGAAAGACUUGUACGCUCGAAGAAAAUGAUGAUUAUAUUAUAAAUACCUAUGAUUUGAUUUUUUUGGUGAAGUGAUCAACAAUUGCUGCUAAAAUUCGUCUAGUACGUGUUACUCUAGGCGAGGACAGCGAUAAAUUCGAUGGCGGUUUCGACAGAAUUGCAAUUAAUCCAUCUUUGCCGUACUUAAUAAUAUAAACUUCGUUCAAAUCCUUGUAUGUCAAACUAGCACCUGCAAUUUUCUCAGCUAUAUUCUUCGUCAAAAAGCCGUUAUUUGUGCGUGGAUUAAACAUGAUUUCGUUGAAGGUUUGCAUAUUUUGGUAGCGACGAUCAAGAUAAUCCAUGUCCUCGACAGCGUGGUUUGUUGUUACAAGUUGCGAAUGAUCGACUAUCGUCCUUGUUGACAGUUCAAGCUUGGAUGAAAAUACAAUUUUUCGAAGAGCAAGGACAUCUUCUAAGGAGUCGUGCGCAUUGAAUGAUUCUUCAAACAAAGCCUCGUAAAGAGACGAUUGAUUUGCUUUUGGGAAUGUACCGUCUGCAUUCUUUAACUGUGGACAUUGACAUUUAACGAGCUGUUUGAAUAAUGUCAGGGAAUCAGCAAACCAAACGUCCAUCAACUGUAAAUUAUGUACAAAACUUUCCCCAGCGUUUCGCAAAAGUAUUGGUUAUCGAAAGUGGCGACGUUGUGUCCAAUAAGUACAGUAACGAUGGGUUUGUUUGACGUGGCUUUUGCUCGGUCAAUCGACAGUCUGUGAUAUAUAUCUCUCGAGUUUGGUUAGGGCUUCGCAAAAAAGUAUGGAAGGUAUGAUAUUUCAUUUUUAAAGAGUUUUCGUACCCCUUCGAUAGUUCUUAUUUCAAGAUUAUUUACUCUUGAAGCAUAAAAGUCGAUGUCAUGUGUUGGCAGUACAUAUUCUGAAAACAUAUGUGAACCAUGCAGACAUGUCACAUACUGAUAAUUGACAUAUUUCGGCAAGCUUACCAGUUGAAUUUGUUUCUGUGUCAAACACCAAAAAGUUGUAGUAAUGAUUCUCGUCAAAUUGGAUUUUUUUUACUUGUGGUCUAGGGGUAUAAGGGGGCACAAUGUUCUCAAUUUCUUUAAAUUGUUCUGACGACAUUGCUUCAUCAUUCACUUGAAUUUCUGGCUCUGGUAUGCCCUUUCUCAAAUUCGUCUUAGUCGAGUUUGUGUCAGUGUUUAGAUUUAAUCCAACCCCAGUUUGGUAGGUUGUACCCUCCUUUGCUUCUUUUCUGGCAGUUUGGGCAGCUCUAGGUGCUCAAGUGCUUUUGAAUACGUUGUCUUUUAAUUAAAUUGUAUGGUCAAUUUUCUGUCUUUAUCUUUAUUUAUUUUUGUAGUCAUCCUUUUGUUGUAAUUUGUGCAAAAUGUCCCAGGUUCAAUAUUGAGUGCCUCCAAUGUUCUGUCAACAUAAGCAUAUCGGAGGUUUCUUUGGGCAACAGCACAUGCAACCCGGAAAUCGUUGCUGUCACUACCACCAUAAAAUCUAAUUUUUGGAUUAUUUGAUCCAACUACACUGUUAAGGGUUUCAUUCCUUUGUGAAUUUGAACACGGUGCAACUUUGUUAACCACAGUUUCAGUACAGUAGUCAUUGAAUAGAUUAUUAAGUGCUUUCUUAAGGCUUUCACCAAACAGAUCUUAACCAUGUGGAAGAGUUUGUAAUUGAUUAGGUCGCUUUUGUAUCCACACCAACUAAUGUUGCACUUUGUAUGGUCUCCAAAAGCAUGAGAGACAAUGCAUUCAAUUGCUUUUUUUAUUUCUUCUGGAUUGCCUUUGUUUUGAGCUAUAGCAUGGGAAAAGCAUUUGACCAAAUAAUUAAUGACCUUUUGUGAUAAUGUGGAACUGUUUGGAAAUCUUACAUUUUGUUUUAAGUUAUAUAGGCAUGUAGUUAAUGAUCAUUUCGUAUGUACGAUGUCGCUUAGUUUUUCAACCUUGUAUCCAACUUUUUGGCGAAUGUGGGCUUCUGUUGUGGAGUCAUCGUCUCCAGUAUAUGUUGAGUAUUUUACAUUAUAUUUAGGACCAUUAUUAAACAAUUCUACUGCAGCUGAAGGUUCCAUUGCCUUUGAGGAGUCCGUAUGAUUUUUGCGACAGUCGUGAGCUUUUACAGGGGCAUUGUUUCUUUUAGCAUAAUCACAAAAACGGCAGACUUUUACUCUUGUUGUGUAGUCACUACACUAACACUUCUCCUGUUGUCAAACUCAUAACAGCGGCUUGUCCAGUCAAAGAAUUGUGGCCCUUCCCUCUCUUCUGCCAGCCCAUAUCAAAUGAACAAGGGACAGAGACUAAAUUAUCCUCACUUCAUUCGGCUGUAUUGGUCAUAAUCUCAGUUCGUACUAAAUUUGUUGCUUCCUCACAACUUUUUUUAGCGAUUGCUUCAACAGCCUUCCCAACUUCUCUUUCUCUAUGUUUAAAAGUAUUUGAAUUUAUUGUAGGUAUGUUCAUGCAAGAUAAAAUAUUGUUCAUAUGACUUUGCCCAGUACCAGCAUGGAGGCAACCAAGAGUUACUCGUGAGUUAAUGUCAAAUGCCUUUGGACCUCGAUUACCAGAACUGUGUUGUUUUGAAGUUUCAGCCUUGUUCAAAUGACCACAAAAGGGACAGCUGAUAUAAAACGUACUGCAUGGCUAGGCCAUUUCUCUGUUCAUCACAAACACUGAAGGGCAAGGGACCUAAAUGAAUAUAGGUUAUAUAUACAGUACUAUAGCUAAUAGUUUAUCAGCUAGGGCAUGGUUUAUUCUGUUAGCCCAUUGAGCCGCAGUGCGCCCUACUUAUUUUUUUAUUUGUCUAAUGCCAGACAAUUUCACUAAUCGAUGGCGAUGCUCUGCAGCUUAAUGGGUCAACCAAAAAAUCUGACAAUGUCUCUAGUUAAAUAUGUAGAAAAAUCUACAUUACAUGAGCAUGUGAGGUUUUAUUUUCCACACUUACUCAGUGAUUAAAAUAGUCUAUUAAAAUAUGUAAUAUGCAGCAAAACUUUAUCUUUGUGUGUUCACUGUACCCUAAGUCUUAAUAGUAAAUUGGUAUUAAUAAAUUUACCUGAGUGGCAAUUGCUGCAAUUUUCAAAAUAUUUAUUGAAGUGUCCAAGAUCUAUAAUUCUGCUUCCAUGCACAACUGCUUCUUCUUCAGAAACAGCAUCCUAGAAUGUGUAAGUAUAUUGAAAUAAAUAGUAAUAUUGACAUAUUGCUUGUUUACACUUGAUACUAGUCAAGGAAUAUAAACAAAUGAAAUAUAUUACUUUGCACUGUACCUUUUCAUUCCUUGUUUUUCGUUUUGAAGGGGGUUCAUUUUCGUCACAUUCGUCAAAAACAAGCCUCUUCCUUACAGCUAAAGCAGUGUUCAUAGGAUGUAAACUUUUUUCCUUGUGCCCACCUUUGCGUAUUAAUUUCACAAAGCGCCCGGUUGAAGUCCGUUUAUUAUGACGGUUUGUUUGAGGAGACUCUGCAAUACUGGUUUUAGACAUUGACUCUUCGUUUUCCAUACAUUCAGCGUGGUCAGAAGUACAAAUAUAUAGGCUCCAAACACCGAAACUUGCACCACCAAUUGCCGCGAUGUGACUCGGUACGGCGGCCGAAAACAUCGAGGAAACUAUAGUUAUUCCAAAAAUUAUUACUUUUCUUUUCUUUUAUUUCGGCCACGAAAAUUGUUAGCGUUUUAAAUAGCAUUUUAACAUUUUGUUUUGUAAAAAAAUUGACGUAUUUGUUUGGCGAAAAACGUUUUCCUGCAAAAGACGCCAUGUUUAUAUUUUGGUUUUUAAAUCUCGCGAGGACCACACCACAGAAUAGGAAGUUAUACCAGAAGCGUAACUCGAGCAAAUAUUUGUCCGCGUUUUUACAAGCGAUUCGUCAUCAAUCACGCCAUCCUGGCUAGUACAACCGGCACUUUGUACCUACCAAAUCCUGAUAAAAAGUUCCGGCUGUACUAGCCAGGAUGGCGUGGCCUGACGUGAGCGAGUUAAAAUUUUCGUGGACGUCAAACAAUAAGGGAAACGACUAGAGUUACGCUUCUGGUAUAACUUCCUAUUCUGUGACCACACGGCUAUUUUAAAUUUCCCGCCAUAUAUAGGAAGAACGUAACCCCGGGGAUAAAACCCUAGGGAGCCACCUUAAAGGAUAUCUAUGACAUUGACGACAACAGGACAUGGAAAUCUGUUUGUAUCAAAUGCAAAAAUGCGCGCCUUUCAAAAAGUGCCUCAUUGUUGCUUUUAGUUGACUUUUAUAGUGUUUAUCUAUCGUAUUUUUCACUUCCUAAUCUGUAAUAUAGCACAUUUCAUAGUCUAUUAUAUAGUGUAAUCAAUUUUGCAUGCAUUGUUAACUUGUAAAUCUAGAUAGUUUUGGAGGCACAGGAAUUGGGCGGGUAACCUGUUGUGUCCACCAUGUUACCUGUAUCUUGUGGUAAAUAAAGUGAUUUAAAGAUUAAAGAAAGAUUAAAGAAUUGUCCAAAUAUACUAUUAAUAUAACAAAAAGUAUAUAUGUUUUAGAGUAAAAACAUAUUUAAUACCACAGCUAAAGCCGAAAUGCAAAAUUCACUCAUUCAUACUUCGUGGUAAAGUUGAAAUUGUGCUUUAAUAUAGUACGCGGACAUGACGAGAAAUCCGCUACAAAACUAGUGACAUUUAAACUCAUGGCAAUUUCCAAUUCUUCCUCGCUCAAGCAGCGCCCGCCAUCUUGAAACACGAAAAUGCAAUGAAAUCGCUUUCGAACAACGUGGGGGGUCCGCGCAUCACAUAUGUUUCAAAGCUUUGACUGGCGUUUCACCGCCCAUUCUUAUAGACGCCCGGGCCAAAGCAGUCACGCUCCUGCUGAUCAAUGAUAGAGUCCUUCCUCAAUCACUGAUGGUCUAUUUUGGUAUAGAAUGCAUUGUACACAUUUUUCUUCAUAUUGUCCAAUGCAUGGCAAUUUUGGUUUUAUUUUAUUUAAUAGCUGACAGACAGCAAUAAAUUUUUUAUCCAACUUAUGAGCUAGUCAUAAAAUUGAUUACCCAACCCAUAUCUCUUCGGUACCGACCCCGGGUAUAAAUAAUGAACGGUCCCUUAGUUUCAAUCAUGCAGUAUGGCCUGACGUGUAAGUUGCUCAAACCAUCUCGAGGCGGUCAGGCUUCUGCAUGGCUUUGUCAAGUACUGCGCGGUAUGUGUCGAAUUAAUACAUGCAAUUCGUCAAACCCGUUCUUUCUACAGCCUUAUACCGUAGUAGAGAAGGGUAAUACGAACGAACAAAAGAUUUGUACUUUGCAUAUAAUCCCGCUCCUAUUGAUUUAAUAACUUCACCUUCUACACACUUAUAAAAUAUAAUUGUUUCCCUAAUUGAAUUUGAAUUUAUUAAAUUUGCCACUGAAAAAGACGUACUUUACAUAUACAAAAAACUACUAAAUUACCCUAGUAAGUAAAAUGGCAGGGUCACCACAACAGCAGUUGCCAAUUACCGUGGGUUACUUGUGUAAUAGCAUAGUUGCCCGGGUUUCUUUUGUUUCAACAGGGGCGAUUACUAACUAAUCGCCCGCUGUAGCGGGCGAUUAGUUCUAAUCGCCCGCUAGAGCGGGCGAUUAGAACUAAUCGCCCGUUACCAAGGGUCACACCUUUGUCUCCCUGACGACUACGCAUUAGGCAAGUGCCUCACGCACAUAAUCGUGCAAGGAACAGCAACAGUUAGCUCAGAGCCGUCAAUAGUCUAUCAUCCGAUCCCUGAGUUGCCGCAUCAUUUAAAUUACGUUCGUGCAGUCUCCAAUUUUAUACUAAUAUAUUUAGCGUUUUUGUUGUGGUACGUUAAAUGAUAGAUUGCGCAUGCGUAACCGAUUAAAGCGUAAAAAGUGCGCAUGUGCAACAAGCUUUUACAUCCCACAAGCAAUGAAGCAAAUGUUUUAGCUUAAAUACGCUGAUUCCAAGUAUGGCAUGUUUGUCCAUUUUUAAAUGGGAGCGAAACUAUGCUAUUACAAACUAAUAGCAUGGCUUUUCGGGAGAUUAGUGAUUAAAUGACCCCUUACCCUCGUCAGGUUUGCGGAAUUCCCUCGGGCUUCGCCCUCGGGAAUUCCGCAAACCUGCCUCGGGUUACGGGGCCAUUUAAUCACUAAUCUCCCUCAAGCCAUGCUAUUACUUAUAAAUAUAAUUUCGGAACCGCGCGUACUGUAAUGUGAAACGGAAUCUCAAAAUUUUAACGAGUUCAAUGUGUAUUUUAGAAGACAAGAUCCAACUGGAUGGCUGAAUUAUAAUGCACCUGGAAAACGGACUUUUGAUGAAAUACAAUUUAAACGGUAAAGUAGAAAAUUGUGAUCUUCAGUUAAGGUUGCAAGACAGCGUUUGUGGCUUUCUGGAAAGAAUCGCUACCGCGCGCUUUAUAUAAAUGCGAUUUCUAAUCAAAACUUCAUCAAAUGUUCAUUAGUGCAUGCAGAAUAUCAGUAUAAUUAUUGACUAAUUCUUAAACGCUACACUUUCAUUCUUAUCUUAACUCUAACCCUUGUGAUAUAAUUUGAGAAGCGUGCGUUCUGUAAUGUGAAAAGGAAUCUCGAAAUUUUAACGAGUUCAAUGUGUAUUUUUUAAGACAAUUUAAACCUGGUUUUGGCGGCGGGGGACUGCACCUGGAAAACGGACUUUUGAUGAAAUACAACUUGAAAGGUAAAGUAUAGAAAAUUGUGAUUUUCAGUUAAGGUUGGUUUAGUGUUUGUUGUACAAGCAGCCCUAGCCAGAGUUUGUAAUUUUUGAAGGAAUAUUUCCUGAAGCACGCCUAAUCAGUUUCACCUUACUCUUUCUUUAUCACUAUACAUUCCAGUUCGACUACACAUAUUAGCUAGAAUUUAUUAUUGGGUAUGUGCAGUAAAAGUGCGCAAUGCAAAGCUGAUGAAACACUUUAAAGUCUACGCCUACGGUAAUCACAUGCAACAACUGUUGACAAAUGAGAUUACAGAAAAAGUAACUUGUUUGAGAAUUAGUUCCAUAUAAGGGCAUACAUAGAUGUAAGCAAUAAAUUAUUAAAAGUUUAAACCUGCGUGCCCCUUGACACCAUAGUCAAUAGAAUAAAAAGGUUAGGAAACUCGAUGCAGACAUAAUAGACCUCAUUAUCUAUGUUUUUGUCUUGGUUUAUGCAAAAAAUGGUGGGUGUUCAUCGUCACGCCGGUGUAUUGUAUUUUCGCCAGAGUAACCAAUAGCUAUGUUUUCAUUUCGUCAUUGUGUAAUAUCACGACUGGGUAAUUAACGUUAACCAACACACUGUUAUUGGUUGGUUAGGCGAAAAGCAAUACACAUGCAUGUGACGAUGAACCGACAAUUUCUUGCAUAAACGAGACCAAAACUUAGAUAAUGGGGUCUAUUAAGUCUGCAUCGAGUUUCCUAACCAUCAGAUUCUACUGACUAUGUUGCCAUAUAGCAAAAACAUUUUUUUUGAUAACUCGGUGAGUUUUGAAAUUGUUUCUUUCAAACUUGGUCAAAUGCUACCACUACUAAAGAGCUACAAUCAGAACCGAAAAAAUUUUUCAGGUGUAUGUCAACAAUUGCAAGGUGCUCUGUAACUUUUAAAUUUUUAAUAAUAAGUAAAUUUAAGUUAAAGGAAAGUGGCAUUAAUAAUUUGGUUCACAGUUUUGACGUACCCACUUGAUUCUUCAACAGUUAGACUGAAAACAGUGAGCGGUCCACCAUCUUGGAUCAUCAAGGAUGUGCAUGUUACGUCACAAGUUGGGUCACGCAAUAUUUUAUCUUGACAGCCAGUGGUCAAUAUGAGCCCAAAACUAGUUCUCUGUUGCUAUUUCAAAUUUCAAAUUGAAUAUAGAAAUUUUACAAAAACGUUUCAUGCGGUCACUUAGAUGCAAGUUUAUAAGGCUAAUCCAUUGAAAUGAAUAUAACGCUACCUUCAACCGGAAAUUUGAAGCAAAACUUGAAGGUCAGACCCAGUCUUUUCACGCAUGCGAAAAGCGCUCAAUCAGUCAACGAUGAUAUAAACACGCGUGAUCUUACUUCCAGACACGCGUGUCAGGAGAUAAUAUUUGCCUUCAAGAAAAAGAUAGGCAGUUUACCUGAAGGUAGCUUUCCAGCUAUAUUCAUUUCAAUGGGUUAAUCACACUUUUGACGUCAUCAAAACCAUAGUUAAUGAGGUUAAGAAUAAAUUCGAGAUGGCUGGCAGCUCAUUGUUUUGAGACAAAAUAUUCCAAUAGUAAAGCGUGACAUGAGAAAUCUGCAAUAUGAGUUAAUACAUAAUUCAAUACGUUCUUUCGAAUGUUAGAAACUAAAUUUUAAGUUCCAAUAUCCUUCAAUUCAUAAGCAUGCAGUGUUCAUGACCUAACUAAACUGAUUGCUGAAUUUAGACGCUUGAAGUGGCAUUUUAUGAUCGUAGCAAUGGUCGUUCUUUGUCCAAAUAAUGCGCAAAUAUGCUAAAACGUAUGCUCCUUGUUUCAAUAUGAAGAAAUACACACAAAAUAGGAUGUCACGUGUGUUUUAAUUGACAGAAUAAUAAGUUUAUACAAAUAACACAACUUUAUUAGCUCUUUGUUAACUUAUUCUUUAUAAAAUACUAUAUACACUGUACAUACGAAUUAUUUCGUGACACUGGCGUGGCUCCAACCUUGCAAGCCAGGCUCUCUACCUCCGGUUAGGGUGGCUUGUGGGAGGUUGGCGUGGCUCACAGCAUGCAUGCAUCUUGUUUUAAUUUUUACCCAAAACUGGUUCAAACAUGCAACUGACCGGCUAUAGGCUUUCCUCGAAGUCAUAACUAUAUAAUAUGGAAAUAAUAAUAUUUAUGUCGAGAGCUUGAAGAAUUGGAGUUUCCUAAAGGUCUUUGCAUUAAUAGAAGAAUGACAAAAACGGAAAAUAUUAGAUUACGGUAGCAAUUCCUUGAAAAAGUUCCAAAAAUGCUCGUUAAGUUGGCUCGAAAUGUUAAUCCUCACAAAAUCCUUUAUACAUACAAGAAUCACUUUAAAAAUCUUUAUGUUAUAUUAAUAAACCUACGCGUGAUCAUCAGUUUCCACGGGUGAAUAUGAACUAAAGAACUAAUUCAAUCGGUAUGGUCUGACGUACAAGUUGCAUAAUCUAUCUCGCGUUUGUCAGGCAGUUCUGACUUUAUCAUGCUCUGCUCUGCAUGUAUAUGUCGAACUAAUACAUGCAAUUCGUCAAACCAUUUCCUUUGUACAGGCUUACCGUACUAGAGAGGGGUAAUAUAGGAACGAAGAAAAGAUUCGUACUUCGCAUAUAAUCCCGCUCCUAUUUAUUUAAUAACUUCGCCUUCUAACACAUUAUAAUAUAAUUAUUGUAUCCGUAAUUCAUAAACGCUAUUAACACUUUCACCUCUAAUUCUUAGUCAUAAUCCUUGUGAUAUAAUUUCGGAACCGUGCGUACUGUGUUGUGGAAAGGAAUCUCAAAAUUUUAAUCAGUUAAAUGUGUAUUUUAGAAGACAAAAUCCAACUGGAGGAUGACUGAUGCGGCUGGAAAACGGAACCUCUAAGAAAUACAAUUUAGAGGUAAAGUAGAAAGUUGUGAUUUUCAAGUAAAUUUAAGUUAAAGGAUAUUAACAGUAAGAAUUUAGUUCACAGCUUUGACGUGUCUCUCUUGAUUCUUGAAUAGUUAGAUUGAAAACAGUGAGCGCUCCGCCAUCUUGGAUGAUCAUGGAUAUGCAUGUUACGUCACAAGUGGGGUUGCGCAAAAUUUUUAUCUUGACAGUUAGUGGUCAAUAUGAGCCCAAAACUAGUUUUGAGUAAUACCUAUACAAACAAAGGAAUUAUUUCAUGUUUCGCUCGCUACUCUGGUUUAAAUAAAUGAUUACAAAGCCCAGUCGAAUUGUAAUCAAGACCCAACGUGUCGACACUCCAGUCUAGUGUCUUCAUCGGGAGUGAUCUAAAGUUACAAACUUAAAUACCCAAGGGAUGACAUCACCUGUCAAUCAGAUGAUGUAUUUCUCUGGCAGAUAGGCACUGUCAUCCCUAUUCAAAGCAUGAUUACUCAUAUUUAUAUGCCACGCUUCAAGGCAAAGCCUUUGACCAUAGCGAUUGUUUGUGGUAAUUACUUUAGAGUUUUCCCACGCAAUCUCGUGUUUGGUGUAACAUGCUUGUUCUGCUAAAGCUGAUUUUCCCUUGUCUAAAGUUGAAACAGCCUUUUGAUGUUCUUUUAGCCGUGUACCAAACUGGCGUUUAGACUGACCCAAAUACUCUUUUUCGCAGGUAUAGAAUAUACAGCAUGAGUUUUCUGAUUUGUUUUAACAGGAUCUUUUGGCUUUGCGAAAAUAUGGCCUAAAGUUAAAUAGGGUUUUAAGGCAACCUUAGUAUAACAAUUACUUAAGAUUCUCUUGAUUGUAUGGUUCUGUGACACCUUGAAUGUAUGAAACUAUUACAUAACCUUAACAGAGGUAUCACCCUCUGAGUUUUUUGGUUCCUACAAACACGUGAUCUCAGGCAAUCAUUAAGAAAACGUUUUGGGUAAUCGUUUUCCCCUAAAACAUUUAGAACAUAUUCACGUCAUCCCUUGGGUAUUUAAGAAGCCACGAUUGUAACUUUAGAUCACCCCUGAUGAUGACACUAGACUGGAGUGUCGAAACGUUGGGUCGUGAUUACAAUUCGACUGGGCUUUGUGAUAAUUUAUUUAAACCAGAGCAGCGAGCAAAACAUGAUUGAUAUACCUGGCCGGUAGUGAACGAACAAAGGAAUUAUUUGUGCUAUAUAUUGUUUUCUCUAAUGUUGAUCAUGGUAUUGUAUUUCACAGUCCUCGCCUCUCUGCUCAGUGAAAUUAAGGCAUGGACAAAAUGUGAUCCAGCGGCAUGCAGAAGCCAAGCUGGAACAGCUUUGGGUGCAUGGCUGGAAUGGCUUUGGGUGCAGGGCGUAUACGGCGUGCGUGAAUAGUGUGGGAGGUGGGUGGGCGGUUUGUCUCACCCUUGGCCGCCGGAAACGAGUGAGCGAAAGGUGGAUUUUAAAGUUCUACUCUCCCUUUUAUAGUCUCCAGAGUCUGUACUGCACCGGCUGCGCGUGCCUCCUCAGCCAUUUAUUUCAUUCUUUGUUACUUAUUUUCACUUUGCAUAUGAUUAUGCAAAUGAGCAAUGCGAAUAAUAGGCACAGGAACGGCAUAGUACAAUCUAAAUUGUUCAUAUUAUUUUAAUUCAAUUUUUCACACUUUAGAAUUUUCUCAACAAAUUUUGUCGGGGUCGGUGUUUAGGUGUUUGAGAGUGUUCUAGUCUCCCAAUAUUUGCUCUCUUUGAAAGAUUUCUUAGUAGCAAGUUAUAUAAUCUGGUAAUUGUUUUCAAUCAUGAAAGCACGAUAUCCCGCUAAGGUUAGCAAAUCAUUUGAUUAAAAUAGGUUCAGCAACUAACAUUUUCACCAGCUGCAAGAAAUGUCAGCAACUUGAGUUCACAGCCGGAAUAGUUCACAAAUCUCCACCGCCAAGAACAGUAAAACUUAAACUUAACCCAUUGAGCGUCAUUAUUCUCCCCUUGCCGAGUAUUAUACAGUCAUACGUUAGGCAGAGUAAAAUAAUAAAGUAAUGCGCAUUGUGGCGCAAUGCAACCUAAUGGGUUAAUAUUAGAAUUCAGUUUAUGAAAUUGUAGAACUAAUUUUUACUAAUUAUUUUUUUCUGUUCAAUAUGUUGUUUCAGGUGACUUGAUCACAUAACCAGCAGAUGUUGAAUGAGUGAUGUGCACAACAUUAGUUUAAUAGUUUUCAUUGUAUCAAUUUUAUAAACGUUUAAUUACUUGCUGAUUAGAAUUAAAUAUUUGCCUUCAACAGUG